AGUUUGGCCUGCCAACAUAACAUAAUUUCUGUUCGACGUGUACACUCCGCCGUCGCCGCUGCCAAGGAAGAAAGUAUUUACAUUCGGCUUCCCGUUUUGCUCUCAAUCGGCACAGUACUCGCGAGUUUUGCAACGAUGAAAAGCUUCCUGUACGCUCUGCUAGCGCUGCUCGCCGUCAGCCAGCUCGGUUUGGCGAACGAGGAAAACACCGCCCGGUUGCUGGUUUCGAAGCACAUCCUGAACAAAUACCUGGUCGAGGCUCGUGAUAUCGUGGUGAAGUACACGCUGUACAACGUUGGCUCCGGACCGGCUGUAAAUGUGCGCCUGGUUGACAACGGAUUCCAUCCGGAAGUGUUCGAGGUGGUCGGUGGCCAGCUGACCGCGUCGAUCGAUCGCAUUGCGCCGCAGACGAACGUGACGCACAUCGUGGUGGUGCGGCCGAAGCAGUACGGCUACCUGAACUUCACCGCUGCCGAGGUGAACUAUCUCGCCACGGAGGACGCCACCGAGCCCCAGUUCUCGAUCAGCUCCGAGCCGGGCGAGGGCGCGAUCGUGGCCGAGGCACAGUUCAACAAGCAGUUCAGCUCGCACUAUCUGGACUGGCUGGCGUUCGCCUUCCUGACGCUGCCGUCCCUGGCCAUCCCGUACGCGAUGUGGUACAGCUCCAAGUCCAAGUACGAAGCGAUGGGCAAAUCGUCCAAGAAGGCCAACUAAGUCAUCCAAGUAGGCAGCAGGCAGACAGGCAGCAGUAGCAACAAAACGGCGAUGUGCUCCAGUGACCGAUUUUCCAGUCGUUUGGCAGCGCGAGUCGCCGACUCAACAUCCAUCUUUGAAGACUAAUUUAAUUUGUAAGGCCGUAAACCCGGAGUGUGCAGCAGCAGCAGUAGCAUCAUUGAUUGUCAUUAGUUUUCGCCUCAUCACCCCCACGUGAGGCUCGAUUUGAAACCGUUUUCAUCCUUCUAAAGCGCAUCACCCGCAUCGCAAUCCCACUCCCCAUAAAUGCUCCGAGGUCACAGAGGAAUCACAAAGAAGUGGAAGAAGCAGAGAAAGUUGGAGGAGCAGAUCUUUUUUUUUCAUUUGGUUUUGUGAAUAAACCGAAUGCGAACUACGUUCGUGCUGAAAAACAAA